AUGCGCUACUACUUCGAAAAGUACCCUCGGGAUGCUGAAAAGGUUGUCCUCAAUAUCAAGGGCGCCUUCAAUCAUGGAGCAGGUCCAGCAGGAAGCCCAGAGGCUAUCCGCGCAUCUGUGGAGCAAGCUCUCGAAGGGCUAGGGGGCGCGAAAUCCAUUGAUAUCUUCGAGAUGGCACGCGUCGACCCCAACACGCCCGUUGAAAUAUCCAUCAAAGCUUUGGCUGAGCUGGUAAAAGAGGGUAAGAUCGGGGGCAUUGGACUGUCUGAAGUCAACGCAGACACCGUUCGCAAAGCUCAUGCCGUUCACCCCAUCUCAGCCGUAGAAAUCGAGCUGAGCCUGUUCACACCCGAUCCCCUUCACAAUGGAAUCAUGGAAGCAUGCUCCGAACUCGAAAUCCCUGUGAUUGCGUACAGUCCAGUCGGUCGAGGCUGGCUCACGGGCAGUUUCAAAACGCUCGAUGACCUUUCGCCCAACGACUUUCGCCCGAAGCUGUUCGACCGCUUUCGACCUGAAGUGUUUGAUCAGAAUUACAAGCUUGCCGAGGCCGUGGAGAAGACUGCCCAGAGCAAAGGCCUCAAGACGGCACAAGUCGCUAUCGCUUGGGUAGCGCGGCAAGGGGCGAUUCCCAUUCCAGGGUCUACCAACAUCGAACGCGUCACCCUGAACAGCAAGCUGUUUGAAUUGACCGAUGAGGAUAUGGAAGACCUUCGAAAAGCUCAGGAGACAUUUCCCGUUGCAGGUAAAAGAUAUGGAGGAGCGCACGAGAAGCUGCUGAACGGUUAA